AUGGCCAACAACACCCCUCCUGCGCAACCUCCACCGCGAGGUGGCCUAUCCUUAUACGCAAAUCUCCUUGAUCCCAAAAAUGCCACUGCACCUGGAACCAUCUCCAGUGCGCCUGUCUCAUACAAUAGAUCACCUGAACAAGAUGAAGCUGUCAAGAAACAGCAAGCUCUGGCUGCUUCUUUAAGAUUUCAACCCACCAAAAGACCUCAAAUUACUGCUCAAAAAGCAAAGGCUAAGGCCAUUGCUAGCAAGUUUGCGCCUCCUCCUGCCAGUUCCAGCUCCAUUACUCCGGCCACCAGUAGCAUCACCGCCACCACUACUUCUACAAUCACUGUCGCACCCAAAAAUACACUUGCGGAUUGGAUCGCUACUGCCUCGGACGAUGAGGAUGUGAACAACUUCUACCAGGGUGAGAAACGGCAGCGGGGUGGAAGGAAAAAGCGCAAGAAGAAUAAAGAAGCCGCCGUGCUCACUCAGCAUUGGGACGAUAUUUACGACCCCAGCCGACCCAACAACUACGAUGAGUACAAACACAGCGAAGAGAAGGUUCAUGAGAUCAGGGAUUGGAAGGAUCUUCUGUAUCGACACAAGAUGAGGCGCAGGGAUUCUUCUGCAUCCGCCAGUGAUGAUUAUCGCCCCCCCGUGAACAAACAAUUUGCUCCACCCAUGUCCUUUGCACCACCUCCCGAUAUCAAUGACGAUGACGAUGUUCCACCACCACCUCUCGAUCAACCUCCCCCGCCUCCAGCAGAUAUCCCAGACGAUCCAACUGGUGAGGAUGCCUACAUGCGAAGACUGCGCAUGAGUCAAAUGCAGUCUACCAAUUCCCCCCCUCCACCCCCACCUACUGGACAAAUUUCACGUGAACCCGUACGGUAUAACCUACCUGCAGCGCCCGAAGAAAUUCCUUCGUCAGAAGCAGAGCUAGAAGAGAAGCUUGCCGAGCCGGAAGCUGGAGGGGACACAUCAACGGACGCGCCUCGGUCCAAUCGCCCUGGCCAGGCUGGAUUUGCCCAACGACUCAUGUCGAAAUAUGGAUGGUCCAAAGGACAAGGAUUGGGCGCCCAAGGUACCGGCAUCAUCAAUCCUUUGUAUGCCAAAGCAGAUAAGCGAAAGAAGAAAUCUGAUGCAGAAGGAGGCGGGUUUGCCACACCUACUACCAUGGGCAAAAUCCUGGGAGGCAACAAAUCCAAGUCAGCGCAAGCAGAAGAAGAGGGGAAGUUCGGUGCCAUGUCAGAGGUGGUUCGAUUGGAUGGAAUGCUUGACGGGCUUGAUUUGGAUGAGGAACUCCAGCGAGGGCAAGGAGGUAUCAUGCAGGAAAUCGGGGAGGAGUGCGGCGAGAAGUACGGCAGCGUACAGCGUGUCUACAUUCAUCGGGCAGAGAGUGAGGACGAGCAAGCACUGGUAUUUGUGGCAUUUGUGAGCCAGCUGAGUGCUUUGCGUGCGGUCAAUGCUCUGGAGGGCCGCAUCUUCAAUGGGAAUCAAAUCAAUGCGAGGUUCUGGCCCAAGGAAAAAUUUGAUGCCGGGGUGUAUGAUUAA